AUGACUAACAGUGUCACUAUUGAUUUUGAUGGUUAUCCUGGUUCGUCUCACCUUGAUAGUGGUAGUGGAAAUACUUACAUUUAUGGAGACGGAUCUGUUACAAUAACUCUAGAUACAAGUCCAGUUGGACUUCCAGGAUACAAGAGUCUGACUCAUAAGCCUACUAAUAAUAGUGAUACUAUUGGCAGUAUUAAAUAUAGUGAAGAGAUUCAGACUGGAUUUCCUCCCACUCUUUCACAGUACCCGAGUGUCACAGUAUACUGUUGGGGACAGGAUUAUAGACCAUUAGUCGUAAAACUUGGUAAUGAAAGUAUUUACUAUAUCUCAGAAGGUAAAGACUAUUCUAGUAAUAAGUGGAACAGUACUUCUACUUCCUUUAGAGGGUGGAAUCUGUUAGAAAUUCUUCAUAGAGCAAAUUGUAAUAAGAACAAAUCUCAUGUUAUAAACCUUUCAGCUACUAGUGGGCCUUACAACUGUCCUAGUUGUGAUGAAGAACAGAUUAAUGUAUCACCUGUUCAAGGAUCUGGUUACAUAUGGUAUGGACAUACACUUUCUGGAAAAGAUAGUUCCAUUUCUGGAUUCAAGUAUGGUAAUCAAUAUCAGGUAGGAUUUAAAAAACUUGAAGGGUAUGAUAGAGUAAAUGUAUAUUGGUAUCCUCCUGAGGGUAAAGUGAAAAGUAAGCCACUUCUGAUUCAUCUCUCAGUUACCAGUGGCAAUCUUUGGUACAAAAGAGACAAAGAUCCUAAUAAUUGGACUGAAGUAAUAGAAGGUGAAAAACCAAUAUCUCCAUUCGGUAAUAAUCCUAAAAUUUUGGAGCUUCUUCAGAAAAUAUCUCUAACCACAAUAAAUCCUAGAGCGGUCAAUCAUGCUUCACAGGAAAACUCUGAACUAUCACCAUCCACGCCAUCUUCUGUCACUAAAUCACCAGGGACAAUUCUUAUUGUAGGAUUUCUUAGCCCUGGACUGCCUCGUGGAUCGUUAAACAUUUUAUACUCCGAAAGUAAAGCGGUUUCUGAUCAACCAGCCUCUACACAAGACUUGGAGGUACUGGAAGAUAGUGCGACGGUAAAUAGUUCUGAGGAUAUAUUCCCCGAACAGAUUUUGGAAAGUUUUCCAAAAUCAGCCCAGGAACAUCUUGAGAAUCUCUUGAAUUUCAAGGUUAAUUUGGAAUCAAUGGUUCCAGGAAAAAGACGUAAAACUGCCGUAGAACCUCAGAAAACUGAGGCAAAAUCUACCAAACCAGCUCGCAGAACUCCAUUCAAGCUCGAAUAUGACACGAAAACCGAGCCCUUUAGACAUGUUGAAGAGGGGGAAUGCAAGAUUCCAAACUUUGCCAAUGUAUGGAAUGCAAUUGUCGACAUGAGACAAAAGAAGGAUGCACCUGUCGAUACAAUGGGAGCGCACUGUUUGGCUGAUUCCCCGGAUCCAGCGACUUACGAGUUCCAAACUCUUGUAGCCUGCAUGUUAUCAAGUCAGACAAAAGACCAGGUGACUGCACAAACCAUGGAUGUUUUGAAGAAGCGUGGAUUAACGCUCGACAGUAUAAUGGAAAUAUCGGAGGAGGAAUUGGAUACACUCAUCUCACGUGUAGGAUUCCACAAUACAAAGGCAAAAAAUAUUAAAAAGACAGCCACAAUUAUACACGAAAAGUUUGGAGGCAGAGUUCCAGACACCAUGGAGGAGUUGGUCUCCCUACCAGGGGUUGGACCCAAAAUGGCCAAUUUGGUUAUUCAACUAGCCUUCAAGAGAAUCGAUGGUAUUUCUGUAGAUUUGCACGUUCACAGAAUAUCAAAUCGACUUGGAUGGGUCAAGACAAAGACACCGGAUGAAACUAGGUUACAACUUCAAGAGCUCAUUCCACAAAAACUAUGGGCAGAAGUAAACCACCUACUCGUAGGCUUUGGACAAACCAUUUGCACAGCAGCCGGACCAGGAUGUGCAACAUGUGGAGCAAAUAAAUGGUGUCCAACGGGCAUUGCCAAUCUAAAGCGUGGAGUUUGA